AAACGAUCCAAAAUGGUGGCCUCGGCCGCCAUUGUGCCUCCGCGCUUCCUGGGUGUUCCAGUGGGUCCUCGGCCCACCCGGGGCCGCGGCGGCCGGAGGCGGCGCCAGGAGGAGGGCGGGGCCCCUCGCAUCUCCCCUCCGGGCCUUUUCUUGCUCGCCCGCAGGGAGGCGAAGAUGUUGCCCCGGGGCCCGUCCAGCCCUCCGAGCCCUGCUUUCGCUCCCUUAUUUGGAGCUCUCUGUGCACGGCCGAUGGUGUCGCGCACUUGUGGGGGAAGCCGCUUUCCCGAGAGCGCUGCGGGGCGCUCCUCUCUCCGGCCACCCGCCCGGCUCCCGCUCUUAGGCCUGCAGCGUUCUCAGCCGUGACCUUAAUCCCUCCGUGCGACCUUUUUACAAUUAACUUCGGCAGCGCCGAGCCGAUCCCUGCGGCCUCUCGCGUUGCUAAGCAAGCACUGUCAUUGAACUGCACACACCCAGCCUUCUCAAAACAACAACAAAAAAAUUUUUUUUUUCUUGAAAUGGAGCCAUUCAUACCCUCCCCCGCCACUUACCCCCCACCCCGCCCACCCUCCCUGCGUCUGUUCCCCGGUCCUGGGAAUCACGGGUGUGCGCCGCCGGGACGGGCGCUCCGGGGGGCUUCUGAGCAGGAGAAUAGCGGCAGCCACAUGAUGUUUGCGUUUGGGAAGUGAGCGCUCUGCGCAGUGCUGACCCUUAUCUAUCACCCUUGACUGAUGGCUGACGUUGGGGAUUACCACCGGGAGGUGGCAGGGGAAAGCGCAGUCUCCGUCUUCUCUUGUCCUUUGUGUCUCCACCCUCGCGUGAGUCGUUAGUCAACGCUCAUUUUCCCGCUGUCUCCGAGCUGGCUCCCGCCUGUCGAAGUGUGUGAUCCUGAAUCUGGUUAGGGGUCGAGCCCACUCUCUGUCUCUCCCGCCUGGAGUUCCGUUUUUAUGUCAUGAGUCUCUUUGUUUCUCUUCUUUCGGGACAAAGGUUUCACGAUUUAGGGAAGAAUAGGACGGGUGUAGGGAUGGACGAGAAAUGUCCGUUCGUGACUGAUGAGUUUUUCCGGUUUUUUUUUUUUUUGUUGUUGUUGUUGUUGUCCCCUC